ACCGUUGGUUCCGCUAGAGUAAUCCAACGGAGAUUCUGGAAUCCUUUUAAAUCAAGCGUAGUUGUGAGCGGUUGACUGUCUUAUCGGAGGGACUGAGACGAUGUGGAAGGUUCGAGAGCUUGGCGACAAACUCGCCAAUGUGGUGAUGAACUACACGGAAGUAGAGGCAAAAGUCCGUGAAGCGACGAACGAUGAGACAUGGGGGCCCCACGGUUCACUCAUGCAAGAAAUCGCUAAAUACACGUUCACGUAUGAGCAUUUUCCAGAGGUCAUGUCUAUGCUAUGGAAACGCAUGCUGGAGAGCUCGAAUAAGAACUGGAGACGCACGUACAAAGGACUGUUACUGUUGAGCUAUUUGCUAAAAAAUGGCAGUGAAAGGGUGGUGACAAGUGCAAGAGAUCACCUGUACGAUAUGAAACCGUUAGAAGAAUUUGUAUUUAGAGAUGAUCAUGGCAAAGACCAGGGAAUAAAUGUUCGUCAGAAAGCUAAAGAACUUAUUGGUUUCUUACAAGACGACGAGAAAAUUAGGGAGGAACGCCGUAAGGCAAAGAAGACACGAGAUAAGUAUGUUGGGGUUUCAUCUGAUGAGUAUCAGACAUACAGUGAAUACUCGGAUGAACCUCGACUGAAAGAUAGUUUGGACGAAGAGGUAGACAGUGGACUUACAAGGGAGAGGCGGAAACCAAGUUUUGGUUUUCUUGGUCGUGGUCGUCGGCAUCAAGAUGGGUAUGAUGAUAGAGAUCGACACAGUAGGCAACCUUACAAAGACGAUGCAACACCUCCACCAGAACGAAAAGCUGUAACAGAGACACGUGAUGAAAUAAAACAAUCUCAGCCUCCUGUGCGCAGUCAACCACAGAAGUUGCUGGAGGCAAGUGGAGCACCGAGUCGUAGCUCAGAAGCAAGACCAGUAGCAGAACCAGCUGAUCCAUUUGGUGAUUUCACUGCAUCCAGAGCACAGACACAGGCUCCGCUUGCGGGAAUAGAUUUUACGACUGCUCCUGCAGUAACGUCAACAACAGGAACAGUGGGUGGUGAUUUUGCUGCAUUCCAAUCUGCGCCUCCUCAACAAGCAAACUUUGCUACUUUUCAAGCUGCACCCUUUGCAGCACCCACUACUGCUCCUCCUCCAGCCACAAGUCAACUAAUGCAGCCUACAAGCAUUGCUUCUACAGCAGUCGAGGGAUUUUCUGGAUUUCAAGGAGCAUCCACACAGCAACCAAGUGUAGGAACACAGAAUGUACAACCAGGCUUGCCACCUAUGUCGGCUGCUCAGCUAAUGCAGCAACAACCACUUCUGAUGCAGCCUGAGGCAUUACAACCUCAGUCUACUGAGUCACAGCAAGAAAAGACGCAGACAUCUUCGAAGCCAGAGUCAAGUAAGUCAACACUGUGGAGCACAGCCGGAGUUGACAUUAGUUUGGAUAGUUUAAGUAGUACCACAACGAAAGACAAGGCUAGCAACAUGUCACAGCCGUCCAUGAAUCAACUAGCACAGCAGACUGUAGGACAAGGGUCCACUGGUAUGACAACGGUUGGUAACUAUUCGGCGUUUGGUGCUGCUGUUGGUAACACAGGAAUGGGUGGUUAUUCUGGCAUGGGAAUGCAACAGCGGAUGCCCAUGACAUCUCCACCCAUGGGAAUGGGAAUGGGAAUGGGUAACCCCGGUAUGUCAAUGGGAUAUGGAAGAAUGCCAGUGGGCGGUUCGCCAUAUGGAGUUCAAAUGGGAAUGAAUCCGGGAAUGAGUGGAGGUAUGGGUAUGAUGGGCUACCAGCAGCCCAGACCAGGAAUGCAACCUGGAUACUCAGGUUACGGUGGAUUCAAGUAGCCUUGGCCUUCAUUUAUUGUGCUCGCAUUCCUUGUUGCCCUUACAGUUUGUUGUGUGCAGAGGGGUGGCUGUAUUUAUCCCUGUAAGAUUGAUGGUAAUUUUUGGAACAGUUGUUUUGCUAGUCAAGACGUCGUGUAACAUGGAUUGAAAACUGCACGUUAUUUGUAUAGUGUUCUCAGCAGAAGUGAUUGAAUGUACUUUUUCAUACAUCUAGA